UUCUCUUCCCUUCCCAUCCCUUCCGGCGGGGCGGGCGCUCGGCGCCAUGGGGCGGCGGUGGCAGCUGGCGGCGGCGGAGCAGCUGGCGGGGACCUGCCCGGGACAGGCGCGAUUCCUGCUGUGGAUGCUCCGCAACUCCCGAGGCGAGUGAGGCGCCCCGGGCGCAGGCGGUGGAGCGGGGCCGGAGGAGGGGGCUCCGGAGCCGGGCAGCGGAAGGACAGGAGCGUGGGGAUGAGUGCCCGCUCGCCCUUUGCCUCCCUUCUCCCCGUGCCCCUGCGCUGCCGGCAGCAGUGGCGAGCUCGCCGGGAAGCGGGGCCAGGUGUCCCAGGGGGUUUAGGGAGAGGCGCCCGAGUCCAGCUCCGGCAGCAGGAGAUGAUGAGGCAGAUGCCAGGAGCGAGCCUCUUGUUGGGUGACGAACGUGGAUUAGAAAGGGUAUGUCCUUACUGCUUCCAGUUCCUGGUUCCUGACAGCUACCGAGUGCGCCUCAAACCAAAGAUGAAAGUGACUCCACAGAUAGAGAAGGUUCUUAAACGAGAGGCAAAGAAUCAUAAGCUUAACAUGAAACAGACAAAGCUUUUGAGAAAGUACAGGGAGUCAAGAAGCAUUCUGCUGGUUACUUGCAAAUCUUGCAACAAAACAACAAGAUACUAUGGUAAAAGCAGGGAUUUUCUGGCAGCCAAAACACAAAAUUGUGGCACUCCAGAUAUCAAAUCUAGCCUGAAGACACCAGAUGUAAAAAUUCAGUCUGCAAAGAAAAUGACACCUGCAAGCUGCAGUAGGUUGGGAUCGAAAGGGAACACUCCCUCAUCCCUUUCCAGGACACGUGAAUCUGGACAGACAACAACCAACUCUACUUCCAAGACUCCCCGAAAUUCCAAAUUUCACUUUUCUAAGCUAAAACGGAUGCUUGACCUAGAAGAAAAAGAGAAAAACCAGAAGGCAGAUUUCAAAACCUUCUUGACUUUACUUUAGUUAUAUAUUAUUUCAAAGUAAUAAAGAUUACAGCAACAAA